AUGCCUCUCGUUUGCUGCCCGGACUCAACUGUUGGGGCGGACUCGGCGCAGGAUACGACCGGCUCGACUCCUUUGGAGCGACCGGCAGAUGAGUCAGCGUUACAGGAGCCAGUAAAACCGGCGACAUCAGGGUCGACUCAGUCGUACGAUACAAUUCAUGAUCGUGCACCAGUAUCACCAUCAGCUCCGGCGUCGACUCCAGCACCGCCACCUGGUCCGGUGCGUCUGCCGAAGACGGUGCAGCCACCACCUCUACCGUCUGAUCCGUCUUCAGCACCGUCUGACCCCACUCAAGCCUCUGGAGCUCCCUCAGCAGAACCUAACACUGCCUCAUCGCCGGAGGAGGACUCAGCGAUCCUCUUCCCGUCCUCGUGGAGCGCCGCUCCGCCUUGGAAGGUCUCCCGUCCUCCCGUACCACCGGCGCAGCCAGCGCUGCCGGAGCGCUGUGGCGACCCGUACCGUGUGGUGCGCAGUACCAAGCGCUGGUCGCGCGGAAAGCUGGCCGCUGUGGGUGCUCACGUGGGCCGCUGGCCGUGGCUGGUGCUGUUCGGUCACUGGACGGACGCCGGUCUGGGCGGCUGGUUCUGCGGAGGAGCGCUUAUUACCGAUCAACACGUGCUGACGGCGGCGCACUGUAUACAUCCUGAGGAGGCCGGCACCGUGGGGGCCGUCAUUGGCGACCACGACCUGCUGACGGUGGACGAGGUGCAACACCAGCAGCGGAACAUCUCGCGCGUGGUGCGCCACCCGCGCUUCAUCGGCGCGCAGAAUGACGUGGCCGUGGUUCGCCUCUCGACCCCGGUGGAGCUGACCGGGGCAGUGUGGCCGGUGUGUCUGCCUCCGAGGCAGUCUCCGGUCACUGGUGGUCCGCUUUGGGCGGCAGGAUGGGGCGCCACUCAGCGGGACGGUCACCCGGCCUCCGAGAUGACCGACACACCACUCCAACUAACGGACCUGAACCGCUGCGAGGAGACCUACAGACGCACACCGCUGUUCGACGCACGGUUCCCGGGCGGUUUCCAGGGGACCAAACUGUGCGCGAGUCGCGUGGGCGGCGCGCCGCGGGACUCUGCCGCGUGUCCGGCCGACUCUGGCGGACCUCUGAUGGAGCCCACUGAAGGAGACAGGUAUCAGGUGGUGGGUGUGUGGUCGAUAGGUAUGGAGUCGUGCGGGACAGCUCAGUUCCCGGCCAUCUACACACGGGUGGCCGCCUACACAGACUGGAUCUUUGCUAAUCUGACCUGA